GGCCCGAAAUGGGAAUGCUGGCCCUCAGCCCCAGUACAAAUUGGGGGACUUGGUGCAGUCGGCCCUCCAUCCCCCGUACGCCCGCUUAUGCUUCCAAGGAUCAAGCCGGAGCAGUGGUUAAGGUGGUGGCAAACGUACGUGACGCUUUUGCUAUGCUUAGUUGAUCUCGAUCUGAUGUGGUGGAAGGAUGGUGAGCAGCCCGCUGUUAGUGAGAACGUCGAGCUGCUACUCAUUCAAGCUUGGCGGACGGACACGGAGGGGGAUUUUCUAGGAUUCGUCUUCAGAUCGGUCGAGACGGGUCAUCGACGAACGAUUAUAAACGAACUGCUGGUCCUUCAGACCGAGCUACUCGACGACCUUCCACUUGACGUCAUCUCGCACUCCGACAAGAGUCCAGUACCACACAUCCUCUCGCACCACUUGGUACCAUAUCUGCAAUGGUCAGCAUGUCUGGAAGGCGAUGACGACAACGCUUGUUACCCAUCGCACAACUACCUGGACCCCGGGACGAUUGCGGACGCUCUCUUCAACCCGGUGAGCGGAGGAGAAGAGGAAGAGGAAAAGGAAGAGGAGGAGGAAGAAGACGAGGAGGAGACCUCUGAAGAGGAUGAGGAUUAUAGUGAGUACAACGACCAUGAGACGGGGGUGGUGAGCGAAAAAGAAGAAGAAGAAGAAGAAGUAGAAGAACAGGAGGUGGCCGAAGAAGAAGCGGAUGGAGAAGAGGAAGCGGAGCAGGUGGAAGCCCAGGAGAAGGAUCCAGAAGCAGAGCGGUGCAGGGCGGCCAUCGCAGAGGGAAAGCGGCCAUUGGAGCUGUCGCUGGGAGUCGAUCUGCCUGUUCCGGACGACCCGACUAAAGAUCUCGAGCCGCCAGCCAAGGAAGAUGAGCACCCUCAUGCAAAGACUUCUGGCACGGCGACGCGCAGGCGAUCCCGCUCCCCAUCCCCUUCCCCCCGUCCCUCAGUUCGAGCUCGUGGCAAUUCGGGACAUCGGGCUACGUCCCCGUUCCCUAUCCCGCCGUCCCCUUGAUUACAUCACCUUCCGACAGAUCGAUACUCCACGCUCUUUCCCCUCCAAUCCUUUUCCUUCUUUGACCUUCCACCAAUCCUACGCCACCCGCCUCG